AUGCAAAAGUGGGAAGGGACCAAUGGAUCAAAGAUCCGCAUCCAACGUGAUCAAUUUACAAAAUUUGUGUCAGCAACGCGGGAAAUGGGGCUUUCAAAGGCUAGACAUAGCUAUCGGCCCAUUACCUCAGAAUUUGACGAGUCGGAAUGGCGAGCAUGGAUUGAAAGAGAAGAGGUCAACAGAGUGUGCAACUAUGUCUUUCUUCUCGACUCCGCCUUUGUGAUUUUCCACAAUUCAUUCCCACGAAUGGUUCUCCAGGAGAUGCAGAUUGAUUUAACAUCCCCAGAGCCAUGGUUUCAAGCAUCUUGCCUAGCCGACUUUUUAUCUGCUGUCCAGUCAAACCCAGGACUAUCAGAGAAGCAUCUAUCUCUUGUUGAUACCGUUCGCAGGUUAUGCAAUGAUAGCCCGAACCAAAGCACAAACUUUUUGGAUGGUGCUAGCGAGCUGAACCUUUUUACAAUCGCUGCAGCGAUUCAUGGUCUUAUAUUUCAUCAAAAAUCCUCGCUCUACACCCUUCCACUUUCCGAUAACCCGUUAGGCAAGGCACUUGACCGGUGGGGGGUCGCUUGGAAAUCAAACCAGCAGCAACCAUUGAAUGCCGGAGCAUCUAUGGAUACAAGUCGUACAGCCGAUGAGCAAUACGGAUUUAUGCAUUACGCUGAUGAGUUCGCUGUCUUAGCACGUAUCUAUCUCGAAUUAUCGUAUGUCUCCCCGACGGAAUGGUCGGAACUUAUCGAGGGAUUGUCUGACAGCUCCUCUCGCGGUGCAUUUGCUACCUUCGAUCAAGCCGGCAUGGGCCCUGUUGGGGAUUUGAUGCUGGCAGUGGAAAACUUCAGCCUGAAUAAAUAA